CACAAUUGAACUUGGUAAGGGCACCGGAUGAAAUUGUCAUUGGCUGUGUUCUCCCGGUAGUAGCCUGAAAUACCCUAAGUGGCCCCCUACGUCCCCCGCCCACUGGCAACUGGCACUGGUAAUUCCGCCUCCUUUGCUUCCCUCGCACUGCGGAAAUAUUCCUCCUCCACGCGCUCUGUCACUCCACCCUCCCGGAUCAAGGUCGAUAUCAGCUGGAAUCAGACAAUAUCAUCAUGGCCUCCAGUGUCACGCCCUCGGACGCCUCGCCCCCAGUCAAUGGUCAUGGCGAGAAGCGGAAAGCCGAGGGAGAGGCCCCGGGUGACAAGCAGCAACACACCAGGUCGAAGAGAAACAGAUACAUCUCAAUAGCAUGCAACGAAUGCAAGCGCCGCAAGAUCAAGUGCAAUGGCCAGACGCCAUGCCAGCGGUGCGGCAACCUUUCGCUCGACUGUAUCUACGCGCCAAACUGCUGCACCAAUUCUCUCAAGGACUCGGCGGAGUUCAAUCAGAUGCGCGAACAUAUCACUGCUCUGCAGGAACAAGUCAAUGAGCUUUACGCCAGCUUGAACGAGCUUCGCAGCCGAUCAGAUGCCGCAUAUUCAGGUCCCAUCGAUCCUCACUUCUCAAAUGAUGGACGCCAUCGCUCCUUGUCAAUGUCGGUGUCGCGCACACUCCCUCCGCUUGUUUCGCCGAAGAGGCCGCCUCCAAAAGCCCUGCCGCAGUUUCAUGGCCCAACCAGUACGUUAUACGGCUUGGAUGUUGCAAGAUCUUCCCUGCAAACCAUGGGUAUUACACACAAUGUACCAGAAGACGGCAUGGUGUCCCGUGAACGGAGCCGUGCCGCUUCACCAGCAAACGGACUGCCCCCGCAUCCGACAAAAGAUCCCUUAUGGUUGAUCGACAUUGCGGAGGUCACUCGCUUACUGCGUGUUUAUGACGAUGAAAUUGGUAUCAUGUAUCCUGCGGUAGACACACAGCGGCUACUCAAGCACGCCACUUCGUUGUACAAGUUUAUUGCAGCUUCAUUACGAACAGGAUUUGGGCAACCAGGUCUCCCGGGUGCUGAUACAUUCGACGACGAGGAGACAACGGUUUUGAAGAUGGUCCUUGCCAUUACUUUGACUGUUGAAGGUCAUGGCCGCAGUGAUAUGGGCCAGAGGUUUUUCGAUGCCGCCAAGCCGGCCACUGAUCUGAAACUCGUCACCGCUUUGGAUAUCAAGUCGGUGAUUUUGACAGUCCUGACGGCUACCUUUUAUUUCCAGAAAGAUGAAGAAGCGCAAGCCUGGCGAUUUAUCGGAAUCGCUGCACGCAUGUGCAUUGAGAUGGGUCUCCACAGAAAAGAUUCUCUGUUGCGAUCCUUCACCAACGAGGCCGAAUAUCAGCAAGCCAUUCGGAUAUUUUGGACCGUGUACGCCCUCGAUCGUCGUUGGAGUUUCGGCACAGGGAUGCCGUUUGCUUUGCAAGACGCCGACAUCGAUCCGGCAUUGCCCGAACCGGAUGAGAGUCACCCUUAUCUCAGGCAUAUCACCAAAUACAACCAGAUCGCCACCAAGGUUUGGUAUCACAACCUGUCCUACGAGGCCGGGCAGAACACCAAAAAGGACGAGAUUGGCUUCCUCGACUAUCAAAUCCUACAAUGGUACCAGCAGCUUCCAGAAUCGUUACAGCUCAAGCCCGGCGACCUGGCCAAGGAGAACGACAUGUCUGGGCGUGGUCUACGACGACUCCGCCUGCUUAUGUUACUGCGCAGGAACCAAGCCCGCAUCUCCAUAUAUCGACCCAUUUUACACUCAGCAACUAGUAUCAUGGAGAAUCGUCACUAUGCACAAAAUGUUAUUGAUGUCGCCAAAGACACCAUCAACACGCUUACUGCGGUCAACCAAGUUUCCGAUAUCUACCAGACACAGCAGAUCCUAUACAACUACUUCCUCGUUCAAGCCUUGGCUGUCCUCUUCCUCUCGGUAGCCCAUGCUCCUGCCAUAUUCUGCAAUCAGACCAGACAGGAAUUCUAUGCUGCCAUCGAGAUUGUGAAGGGCUUCAGCACCAAGUCUCAUGUAUCGAAGCGACUCUGGAGGACCAUCCGCGGGUUGAAAGACAUGGGUGACAAGAUCGGUUUGCUGGCUCGAGGACCGAAUGCGAUCAAUGACCCAGAGCAGGACGCACACUCGGAUGCAGCAGUGGCGAUGGCUGGUUUGGCAGGGCACAAAGUCGAUUAUAGCGCCUACGGGAAUUCGACGCACACCAACGGGAAUCAAGAGCUAGGUGUCAGCCCGAAUGAUGCGCUUCAAAUCACGAAUGAGCUGUCAAGCCUCUUUGAACUUGCGGGAGGAUAUGGGAACACUACCCCUGGCCCGGAGACAUAUAAUUUCGUCGGAGCCCCUGGGGAUGUUGGCCUAGGAGAGGGUUUCAACGUCUUUGGAAACGAACCAGAAUUGACGAGGAUUAUGAAUGAAUUAUUUUAGGGAGGAUGAUCUGGCAUUCGACGCAUAGUAUCGGCGGCAGCUAUCUGCGAGAAAUGAAUAUAUGAUAUGAUACAGCUGG